GACAGACAGACAGACAGACAGACAGACAGACACACAGACAGAAAGAUGUGCGUCCCAUUGCAAUUGGAGAGACUAUGCGGUGUUUAACAGCAAGAGCAAUCUGUUUGCAGAAGAAAUAAGCAUUCUGUGGUUUUUUCAAUCCAAUACAGCAUGGUGUGUUGACUGAUUGUGGAACUGAGCUGCUCACACAUCAUGUUCAAUUGCUUUUGAAGUCGAAUCCUGAAUGGAUUGUAUUGAAAAAGGAUGUAAAAAAUGCCUUCAAUUCUCUAGAUUGAAGGCAGUUAUUGCAGGAGGUGUCAUCUUCUUUUCCAAACAUAUUCCAUCAUAUUCAGCAGAUGUAUCUGAACGUCAAUUCUCUUGUAUUUUUGCAGAAACCAAACCAGUAGUCCUCAACUCUGAACAAGGCAUUCAUCAGGGAGAUCCUAUACGACCAGCAUUGUUCUCAACUGCAAUACACCCGAUUCUCGUGAACAUUCAUCAGAAGGAAAACCCUAACAUACGAGUUCUAGCUUACCUCGAUGAUGGGUUUCUUUUGGGUCCACCAAUUGAAGUUCUUUUUGCCUUGGAAAAUCUCAGAGCAGCUUUCAUCACAAUACACCUUGAAAUAGCUGACCACAAAUGUGAGAUCUACAGCCCUACACCACUUUCUAGUCAGAUAAGCUCUCAGACCACUAUUCCUAUCAACUAUAGUGGUUCAACAAUUCUAGGCAUCCCAAUUGGAAAGGUUCAGUUUAUACAAGAAUACUGUGUUGAGAUAGCAAAAUCAAGAGACAAACUUUGCAAGCAGCUGUCUGAGCUGGACGAUAUUCAAAGUGCCAUGCUAUUACUAAGAUUCUGUCACAUUCCUCGAAUUAAUCACUUAGCUUGUUCAGUGACACCAGAACAUCUCAAGUCAGCAGCUGAUCUUCACGAUCUUCAAUCGAGGUCAACAUUUACCACUUUGCUUGGUUGCAACUCAAUAGAUGACACUGUAUGGCACCAAGCAACCCAACCAAUCAAGUAUGGUGGUUUUGGUAUGUCAUUGGUUAGUUGCUUCAUCAGCCUUCCUGGCUUCGUGGGCUCAUUCUUUGAAUGAAUUGCCCAUUCAUUUUCCAGAUAUAAAACCUGAAAUAGACAAAGUUGUCAUGUCAACACACUCUUUUAGCUGUCUAGGUCAGACACUAAAUUCAAUUGUACCACCAUCCCAGUCCUUAUUGGAGAUGUCUGAGUCAAAGAGGCUUCAACACAAGCUCUCAAAAGAAAAUGCUAAAAUGGAAGCUACUUGCUUACUUGAGAAUGCAACUUCACUUCGAGAUGGCGCUAGACUU